GAAACAUUGGUUUCCAUGGAAACUGCGAGGCGCAAACAUUCCGUCGCUAUUCCAACAUGGCUGAAAACAGCGGCAACGGCCGAUUCGAUUUGUCACGCCUGCAAGCAGAACUUGAGCAAGAGAGGGACACGAAAGAUGCGCUCGAGGAGUCCGUGACAGAUCUGCGCAGUACGAUGGUUGAACUGCAAGAGAGACUGCACAGUGUCGACGGGGAAGGAAAUGAGUGGAAGACAAGGUAUGAGACACAGAUUGAACUAAACGGACAGUUGGAAAGACAGAUGUCAAUCAUUCGUGAGAGACUGGAGGAACUGCGAGGGAACCCCGUGGAUCGAUUGGCCUCCAUCAGAACCUAUGAUGACAUGCCAGUAGAAACCCUGAGACAUCGUCUGAAGCUCCUGACGGAAGAGAAGUCCGACCUCCAGAGUCAGCUGAUGGACUGUCGUGGCAGAAUUGAACAGGAAGGAAAGGCCUUUCAUAAAACCAAUGACGAGAGGCGGGCAUAUCUUUCUGAAAUAGCUAAGCUCUCCUCCGAAGCCCAAAGAAGACAGUACUCCGUCCAGCCACAGGGGACAGUAGAGAGCAAACCGAGGAGAGGGAGGCGGACCAGCAGGAAGGCAAAGGCUGAUUCUAAAAGAGGAAAAGAGAGAGAAGAAGAUGGAGGGGGAGUGUUUGCUAAAGGAGGAGGAGGUGGCGGAGCAACAGCAGAACAAAGAGAACAAUAUAAUUCCUACAGAGAAAGCAGACUACCCACACUAAAGUACGACCUGAAGCACAAUCCUUAACCCUACCGCUUUGUGUUAUAGCCCUCUAAAUAAAUAAAAAGUUAUCUGACUAACA